UUUCUUGGCAAGCCCUCAAGAUCACUUAUAAAAGCCACACAUAUAUACGUAAGACAAAUUGUUCAUAAUCCACCAGGAUCAGUUCCCGUCACACAGAGUAAGAUCAUCAAUGGCUCACCAUGGAAACGAUGUGCUUAACAGGACUUCCUUCCAUUUCCAACCUCAUAGAAACUGGAUCAACGGUUUCAUUUUCUUCUUUUCUCUUAUUUAUAUUCUUCUAUCAUAUACUGGCAAAGAUCUUUAAUCCUGUUAUUUCAUAAACCAAUAUAUGGCUAAUUUACACGGUAUACUUAAUUUUACACAACACGGUGUGCAUUAUAUUCAUGUCGGAAACUAUUAGUUUUGAUGGUCUGAAGUAACUAAUCAAGAUAAUUGUUGCCUUAUUUCUAUGUCACUCCUGAUACUUGGAUGCAUCUUGGAAACUCUGAAGAUCCAAACGCGCCAAUGUAUUACAAAGGAUUCUACCAUAUGUUCUACCAGCACAACAAUUUGGCUCCCCGAUUCAGUGAAAUAAUGAUAUGGGGACACUCUGUUUCACAAGACAUGGUCAACUGGAUCCAACUCGAACCAGCCUUUGUUCCUACUGAAUCCUAUGACAGACACAGCUGCUGGUCUGGAUCCGCCACUAUCCUCCCUGAUGGCAAACCUGUAAUUCUCUACACCGGACUAGAGGAGCACGAGGAGCUCGACAGACGCCAGGUUACAGUUCUUGCCGAACCUAAGGAUGUUUCCGACCCUUUGCUUCGUGAGUGGGUAAAACCAAAGAACAAUCCUGUGAUGCUUCCGCCACACGACGUCCCUCACGAUUGUUUCCGUGACCCUACGACCGGGUGGCAAGGACAAGAUGGGAUAUGGAGAGUUCUCGUGGGAGCCAAGCAGAUACAUACCGAAAGAGGAAUGGCUGUAUUGUACAGAAGUAAUGAUUUUGUGGAAUGGACAAAAUAUCCAACUCCUUUGCUUGCGACACAAGAUACCGGAAUGUGGGAAUGCCCUGAUUUUUUCCCCGUUUCUCUGACCAGUAAGGAAGGUGUAGAGAAUUCGGUGAACAAUGCUAGUGUGAAGCAUGUCUUGAAAUCGAGUUUUGGAGGCCAUGAUUGCUAUGUUAUUGGUACAUACUCUUCUGAGAACGAAGACUUUGCAGCUGAUUCUGAGUUCACUAACACAGUUGCGGAUUUGAGGUAUGAUCAUGGAACGUUCUAUGCCUCGAAGGCCUUCUUUGACAGUGUUAAGAACCGGAGGAUCAACUUUGGAUGGGUUAUAGAUACUGAUAGCGCGGAAGAUGAUAUCGCGAAGGGAUGGUCUGGCCUUCUGUCUCUUCCAAGGGAGAUGUGGUUGGACACAAGUGGGAAGAGGCUGAUACAAUGGCCAAUCGAAGAAAUCAACUAUCUUAGGACUAAUCAAGUUAGCUUGGAUGACAAGCAUCUCUCAGGCUGCUCGAAACAUGAAAUAUCAGGCAUCACUGCAGCACAAGCUGACGUAGAGGUGACUUUUGAUCUGCCUGUUCUGGAAGGCAACCCCGAAGUACUAGAUUCUGAUCAUGUUGAUGAUGCGGUUUUGUUCGACCGUGACAGCUCGGUUGGAUGUGUGUAUGGACCUUUUGGGUUGCUAGCAUUGGCUAGUGAUGACUUACGAGAACAAACUGCAAUCUUCUUCAAAAUUAUUCUUCGUGGAAAUGGAUAUUCGGUUGUAAUGGGCAGCGAUGAGAAGAAGUCUUCGUUGAGAGACAACACAAGGAAAUCUGCUCAUGGAACAGUCCUAGACAUUGAUCCACUACAUGAGAAGAUCUCGUUGAGAUGUUUGAUUGAUCACUCGAUCAUAGAGAGCUAUGGAGCAGGAGGAAGAAAUGUGAUAACGUCAAGGGUUUACCCCAAAUUGGCAACUGGUGAAGCAGCUAAGCUUUACUUGUUCAAUGAUGGAACAAGGGGUGUGAUCAUCUCGUCUCUGGAAGCUUGGAGCAUGAGAAAUGCUGAAGUCAAUUUAAACGCACUUUAAUUUGUCAGUAAUAAUGCUGCUUAUAAUAAUCUUUGGACUGCCUAAAGAUGAUUCCUGUGCUUUAAUUAUGAACAUGUUUUAAGAUUUAUCCGUGUUUUUUGUUCAAGAUAUUGGUGUGUGUUCUUUUGGUUUUUCUUCUUUUAAAUCUAAGUUAUUGUUGAUUUGUUGUGUUUAUCAUAAUAUUGAAUUUCACGACUUUCAUUUUU